AAAAUGAGGUCGGUUUCGAAACUCGUGACUGCUUCUAUUUUGAGUCACAACUCGAAAAAACUCACUGGACAGCCAAGCAUUCAUUCAACAUCACCUCCCAACAAGUCCUUUACCACAACAAGAAGAUAGAUGCAACACACCGUUUCUAUAUUAGAGUGCCCAGCACCACGACAGUCAACAGUGUUAGCUUUGGGUGGUUUCGAGAGAAGCCGUCCUUAGAUGGUUCCUACUCAGAGCAACAACUGUCGUCCUUUCGAAACUACCGACGCCCAUCGUUCUACCCCAUCCUUCUACUGACUCCACCAUCGCGCAUCCUUCUACUGAUCUUUUGUCGCCAGCUGCUCCUGUUUUUGACUACUCCCUUGAUUGCUGCGCUAUUUGUUUUGCCUUGAAGUCAGUGCCUACUUCGGUAGGGGCAAGGCUCUUGGCAACAACAUACAGCUAGCAUUAUGGUGAAGUACUCCAAAAGCCGUGAGGGCCGAGUCUUUGGGUUUGGUGUCACCCAUAUUCCUACCAAGAAAUCAGAAUCAUCAAAGCGCAGUGUGGCUGCUGCUAAUGCUAUGAAGGUUGAAUUAGAGCGCCCUCCCGCAAAGAAACAUCAUCUACCAACCGUCACCACCAACCAACCAACCAAAAUGUCGCCGCCUUCGGGCUCCGCCGGAGGGAGGCUAUGUCAUUUUAUUUUGCUCUCUUUCCUUCUAGAAUGAAAGGAGCUAUUGACUGUGGUUCAAGUGCCUGGAUAUUUUCCACACUAUUGUCACCUUGACCACCAAGACGCUGGCUCUCAUGUUCCUUCAACAUUGUCUCGAGUGCCGUGAUCUUCUUUCCAGAGAGCUCUGCUUCAGGGUAGUCACGUGCCAACAGUUCUGUUCGCAAAUGAGGGAUAUUGUGGUUGCUAGUGACCAAGCUGAGAGUUAUCUUUCCUGCCACAGCUGCAGCUUGUAUCUGAUUGGUCCGCCGGUUGGUGUGCAUGGAUGGCAAUGCUCCAUCUUGAAGGGGGGCUGUACUCGGUGUGUUCGAUAGUGGUCCUGUCCUCUCCUCGCAUGGAGCUUUUGAUUUGUCCAAGUGCCAAAUAAUAAGCUUCUUCACCCAAGUUGCCAAUCUGUACGUUCUUCAUCUCAGUCAGUGUACCGUCUUGGAUACGUUUUCAACCAAGUGUGUCUGCGAAGCACAAGGGAGAUAGAGAGCACAGAUCUGGUCCUUCAGUGGCACCGCUCUUCAUCUCGAAAAUCCACCAAUCCAUCCCAUAGGAGCUCAGCAACGUCCAGAGCAAGAGAACGGUAUUCUUCCUCACUGGAUAAUCCGUUCUUCAGGAAUGAGAAGAAGCCUUCCAUGGUCGGGUACAUCACUCUGAAAGAUCGCUGAAUUGAAUUCAAUCUCAUCAUCCAGUAUCUUCAAAAGGAUGGCUGCCACUAUUUGACCAAAUAGAUCUUCUGCCAUCAAAGCUGCAGGAAGCCACUUAGGUUGAGACGAACAUCCAAAGUGAUCCGUUAUCUUUGGGUUAGAUCCUUUGAAGAACAAUCCAGCCUUCUCCUGUUGCUUCUGUCGACGCACUGGUGUCAAGAUAGAUAAUCUACUAGCGGUAGCUCCAUGUUCGUCCAC